UUUGUCAAUAUCUGUUCAUCGUGGUGGGCCUGAAUCUCUUCGCUCUGAAAUGGCAAUUCUUCGGUCCAACAAGGAGCAGAGGAUCAAGAUUGCAGAGUUGAACCCGUUCAUAACGUGUGAACUAUGCAAGGGAUAUUUGAUCAAGCCAACAACCAUUGCCGAGUGUUUACACACAUUCUGCAGAAGUUGCAUUGUGCAGAAUCUUCAAGACAACGAGGAAAAUAUCUGCCCGAAGUGUUCCACGGUUAUUCAUGAAACCAACCCAUUUGAGAUGCUAAGAUCAGACCAAAUGUUAGAGGAUAUUAUCUUCAAAUUGGUGCCAGGACUACAAGAAAGAGAAAGGUGUCGUUUAGAGGAAUUCAAUAAAAACGUGCGAUCAGGGAAGGAGGACAUAGGCUUGCUUAAAAACAGGCACAAAGACUCAUUGACAGAUGAACCUCCUCAUAAGAAAUACAGAAGCCUGUCACGUAAGGCGCAACACUCAGAUGACUCGGACGGUAAACACAAUUUCCACAGAGACGAUCCACAGAUUGGUGUCUGUCUUCAAUAUCUCAGGGACUGUAUCGAUGAUGGAUCAGAAUGCGGCGAAGCAAAACCUGACUCUGGAAACAUGGAAUCCCAGAAACUAUCCGAAAGAUCCAGAGAAGAGUCGAAUUUAAAUGGUCCGAUGUGGGAACUCGUUAGGAAAUACAUCAGAUGCUCGUCAAGAACAACAAUCGGUCACAUCAAGAAAUAUCUAAAGCUCAAGUUAAAUCUUUCAGCUGUCGAUCAGGUUGAAGUGAUGUGCAACGGAGAAAUCAUGGGUAAAGAUCACACUCUAGAGUUCGUUUUCAUGACAAGAUGGAGGGUGAAGGACAGUACAAUUUUAACCCUCCAGUACCGACCUAAACUGGAUUUUUUAUGACAAUUGAAUAAAAGAUUUUAGUUAAAAACAGAGAACACUCUGAUUAACAUGUAACCUCUUCUUAGACAAAUUCAAGCCAUAUUCACCAAACAAGUCUCAAGAAUAGAAAAAUUGGCCAGCUCCAGUGUUUGUCUUGAUUUCUCUUUUACUUCACAUCACUCUUUACCAAUUCAUUAUUGAUUAUUAGCUGUUUACAGUUUAAAGGUCAAUGUAGUUUGUUUUUUCUUUAGAAAUCGUAAGUUAUUUAUUUUAUUAGUUCAGAGAAAGAGGGAAAAACCCAAACUUUAAUCUUCCUCUGAAAAGGGCGGAGGGAGGAGGCUUGAACCAGUCUCCUUUCUAUAAAAGAUUGAGCCUGCGAGUUAAAUGGCAAUCCGAACUAGUCUUGAUGACGCUUCUAAUUGGUAGGGUUGACUAAUUUUCACGUCUUCUUGAAAAUCAGUAAUAGAUGAAACGUCAUCUUGAAUGAUUUCCCCUUCCAGCCAAUUGCGCUUCUUGAAGAACGAUUUGCUGGCCCCAACUUUUUACUACCGCAAUGAAACUCCACCAGUUCAGCGAUACCUUUUCACUCCCGAGAUUUCAUCAGUAAUUCUCCUUACUGGCUGCAAUACAACUCAUAUGAUGUGAGUUUGGCAAUUUCCUAGUGGAUCAACAAGUAAUGCCAUAUUUGAUGUUUUUCUAUAUUCUUAUCACUUGCCUGCUUGAUAUUGUAUUGAUAUUGUAAGGAGAAAUUCUGUCUUGGUCACUGAUGGAAGUUAAGAACUUAAGAAGGGUGUUCAGUUCGCUGAGUUGAGCACAUGGUUAACUUCUUUACAUAAUCUCGUUGUGUUUUACUUUGUAACUUCGAGAAAUCCUACAUUUGCUGACAAGAAAUUUUCAAUCCUGUCAGCUUAUAGUUUCAUUGCUUAUACGGCGGCUUUUGUUUAUUUAUUUGUUUGUUAUGUUUUGAAGUUUGGUAGUUUGAGUUACGUUAGCUGCAACUUUUCGUACGGGUUAUUAAACCAAGCGCUCUAUUUUCGACUAAAUAUAUUUCUAAGAGCAUUGUUCUCUUUAAACGACAAUAGGAAUUUGAUCUUGAGAUAGCAAUUAAGGAACUGCACGUCGAUUCUAAAUAUCGUAUCUCGUUGUCUGUUCCAAUAUGUCAGACGUAUGUAGUAAGAUCGAAUCAAUAUUAGUUUUUUCUCAAUUAGAUAUUGUAAAUAUUGUAUAUGGGCAUGUAAUGUUUUUGUAAAA